AUGAGGUCAGGCAUUAUAAAUAAGAAAGAAGUAUCAAAGUCAACAAAGCUCAAAGUGUAUAAAUCCAUCCACAGACCAACUUUGAUUUAUGGAUGUGUAACAUGGAACCUGAACUUGGGAGAAAAGUCAAGAUUGCAGGCUAUGGAAAUGAAAUACUUAAGGAGAGUAAUGGGAGUGACUAGAAGAGACAGGAUAAGGAAUGAAUUAGUUAGAGAGGAUCUGCAAGUGGAAUCUUUGGAAGAAUUUAUUGAGAGGAGACAGUUGGAAUGGUGGGGACAUUUGAAUAGAAUGGAGGAGGAUACAAUGACGAGGAGAAUUUGGGAUGCCAAAAAUGUCAGAAAGAGGAGACGGGGAAGACCACAGAGAAGUUGGAGACCAGUCAUUGCGGAGAUAUUGAUUAAGAGGGGAACGAACAUUCCGGAAGCUAGACGUUUAUCAUUGGAUAGGACGAUGUGGAGGGAAGAUGUUCAGAUGAAGAGGCCACACAACAGCCUAUACCCAAUGGGUAGUCCGCCAGAAAGCGUUCAAACAGAUAUCAAGUAUUUGAUUUGCUCGACCUGUUCUAGAGUUUCAUCCUCCAGGCUGAUAGCCCUUUGA